AUGAGCCUAUCCCGCCGGUGUUCCUCCGGUGACCUUGCAGCUCACCCCUCCUAUCUGGUGUUGCUCUUGUCGUCCUUCACUGGUGAGACCCGGCUCCACUCACCGACGGUGGUUAUUGACUCGGUUCAGAUGCUUGUUUCCCUGCCUCCACCCUCCGCGGCAACAAACCAUACAAAACUGCUCAAUUUCCUAGCUUGGCGGUGGAAGAUCCUGGCAAGAGUGCUGAGAUCUCUUCGCCCACCGAACCCUCCGGACCCUCUGGUCCCCCCGGACUCAAGCUUCCCAUCUCCUCCACCGUCCUCCAUCUCAGUCGGUCGGAGCUUCUCGGUUGCUACUCCGAUGGUUCUCGAGCCUCCAUCGGAAAGGUCAUCUCUGGCCGGCUUUGGCUUCACUGGCAAAACACUACCGCUCGACAACCAAUCCACACUCCACCACCGUCGGUUUAUACCGAAGAUCUCUCUAGAUCUGAACGGCACCAGAUCAAAAAGUUCGGAUAGCUAUCGACGGUUAGUACCACCAUCCCCUAGCUACGUUUCCCUUCGAUCCCAAGCUCGAGACUCUCUGUCUCAGUGCUAUGGCCGAAGGCUGAAGAAUCCAUCUUCUAAUCCCUCGCUGCGAGCCCGACUCACUUUAUCGAGUUCAUCCAAUCUUCCUUUUCCCCUCACCGGCCAUGAUCCCCGCUCCAACAAAGGUGGUGACGAGGCUCUGAUUCCCAAUGUCCCGUCAUCGUUCCUGGUGGUGGCUUGGUCCAAAGACUCACCGUCGGCCAUACUCCGAUACGCCGGCUUCCAUGCGUUAAUAACAAUAACAAAUUUUGGGCUUGGAACAUCAAAGUUUUCUGGAUUCUCAAAUCCUGUAAUUUACUCUCGGUGGAAGAGUUCAAUUCCACCUUUCGUCUCUUUGAGACUGGUCGUAUCUUCUUCCCUCUCCUGGAGAGUGGUCGAAUCCCCCGAGCAUUAUGUCGGGAUCUUCAAAGUCACAUUGGAAAGUAACUACCCUGAGACUCUCCGGUCUUGCCGCGAAGACUCUCUUGACGCAUCCGAGUCACGACUUGGAUUCGCUGUCCAUCUUCUACGAUGA